GGCGCUGUACGGCGUUUCUAAGGGGAGGCGAGCGCGGCGGGGAGAGGUGCGCGCUGUGUGCUGGGCGGCGCAGCGCGGUCCGGGCCGCUCUGGCCGGGCCUGUGGGGACGGGAGCAUGAGCUUAUCCUUGAGGAAUGAACUUUCAGUAGACAAAACUAAAAGGAAGAAAAGAAGAGAACUGACAGAAGAACAGAAGCAGGAAAUUAAAGAUGCCUUUGAGUUGUUUGAUACGGACAAAGAUAGAGCAAUAAAUUAUCAUGAAUUAAAGGUGGCAAUGAGAGCCUUGGGUUUUGAUGUGAAAAAAGCUGAUGUACUGAAAAUACUUAAAGAUUAUGAUCGAGAAGCGACAGGCAAGAUCACCUUUGAUGAUUUUAAUGAAGUUGUGACAGACUGGAUAUUGAACAGAGAUCCACAAGAAGAAAUACUCAAGGCGUUCAAACUGUUUGACGACGACGACUCUGGUAAAAUAAGUCUGAGAAACCUGCGUCGGGUUGCGAGAGAACUUGGUGAAAAUAUGACUGAUGAAGAAUUGAGGGCUAUGAUUGAAGAAUUUGAUAAAGAUGGAGAUGGAGAAAUAAAUCAGGAAGAGUUCAUUGCUAUUAUGACUGGAGAUAUUUAACAGCAGAGGAGAAGAAACAUUCAGCACAAAGAAGAGAGGAAUCAUUGGCAGCUACCACUCCAAUAUGUUGUAUUUCUGUUCAGACUGGUAGCUGGAGUCAUGCAGAAAAUUCUUUUCCUCACAGGACCAAAAGAAACACAGGUUUCAAGUACUGAUAUGUCAGUAUUUUGUAUUGUUAAAUAAUAUCACUAGAAUAAUUGAUAUAUCAUUUUAGAGUAAGUAAUGAUACAUUUCCAAAUGUUUGAGUACUCAUUUGUAAAAUAGCUUUGUACAAAAUUUCUAAAUUAAAAUCAUAUUAUAAGAACCUUUAGAAGUUGACUUUGUGUUAGCAUUAGCUGUGGCCUUAGUUUUGAUAUAUAAGAUUUGCUUCCAUUUUAAUAAAAUGUUCUU